AUGGUGAAUGAAUCAGAACUUAAUUCAGGAACUCCAGAGGUCGUGCAUUCGAAUCAGCUGCUCAAAGGUUUGAAUCAACUUCGACAGAGACGGGAGCUUUGUGAUGUUGAAUUGUGCGCCGGAGAAGAAAGAGUUUCGGCCCAUCGUGUUGUCCUAUCGGCUUGUAGUCCCUAUUUUAAUGCCAUGUUUACAGGAAAUCUCCUUGAGAGCCAGAAACAGGUCAUACAUUUGAGAGAAGUAGACGAAAAUGCGCUUCAUACCCUUGUGGAUUUUGCAUACACUGGAAAAGCUAGAGUUACACAAGAAAACGUCCAACUUUUACUUCCAGCAGCUAACAUGCUUCAGUUGAGCAGAGUUAAGGAAAUCUGCUGUCAUUUUCUUAGUCAACAGCUACAUUCUAGUAACUGUUUAGGAAUCAGCAAGUUCGCUGAAGCAUACUCUUGCCACAGCUUGCAGAAGAAAUCGAGAAAAUUCAUUCAAGACCAUUUUCAAGAGGUCGUAAAACAUGAAGAAUUUUUGCUUCUACCAGUAGGCCAGCUAACAGAACUUCUUAAAGACGAUAAUUUGAACGUUGUCUCUGAACAAGUUGUGUUUGAAGCAUUGCUCUUGUGGAUUAAACACAAGCUCCCAGAACGAAUUUCUCUUCUUGGUAAACUUCUGAAAUAUGUUCGUCUGCCUCUACUGACUCUUCGUUUCCUGACGUCAAACUACGAGACAAAUGAACUAAUUCGCGCGGACAGAACGAGCCAAAUUGUACUGAACGAAGCCUUAAAAUACAGACUUGUUCAAGCCAAAGGGGUUCCCUGUGAGAAAGCAAUGAAACCUCGACGUGCUCCUAGGAGGAUUUUUGCGCUUGGAGGAAAAAAUGGCCUGUUUGCGACUUUGAGCAGCGUUGAGUAUUACGAGCCAGAAAGAGAUCGCUGGACUGAAGUUUCGAGCAUGAAACUUCGACGAUUCGAGUUUGGAGCUGCUGUUCUAGAUGGUAAAUGAUAACUUGAGUUUAAUAGGCUUCAUUUAACUGUUAGCCGUACAGUUAUUAGCUUUGUAAUGUCAACUAUUUGUUUCAUUUUGUUUUUCAACAACCUAGCUUCCUUUUCGCUUGCCAAAAUCUUGAAAAUCAAUGAUUUUGUGAUUUUGAUUGCAUUCAAGCCUUAAUCUGUGCCAGGAUUUUCUCUGUUCUGCUUAGGAUUCCAAUAUUCGUAGAUGAAUUUAUCAAGUAAACAUUCACGCUCGAAAAUUGAAUAUUAUUUUAAGAAAAUGCAUUGAAAGAUAUUCUUAAUCCCUACAUUUCAUGGCAAUUACCUGGCAUGUUUGGGUUGAGGUUAGAAUGGAGAGGACUGGGUGACAAUAAAGCCUCAAGUGUCACCUUUUCGCGUAUUCAAUACAUGUAUGGCUGUGUUUUAAAAGGACUGGAAACAAUUUAAUUCAAGAAUGUGGGGAAUUUGAUGGCUAAAGUAAGUAUUGGCUGCGGUAUAGAUUUUCCCAUCUAGACCAGCAUGUGGACCAAACAUAACGUUUGAACUCAAAGGGCACGAUCCAUUCAACCAAAAUUCCGACCUGUCCAACCGGGAAAAAUGGUCCACCUCAAAAGGUAGACCUGUUUUUUAAAACUUUUGCGGUUGGACUGAACUGAUCCAUUGAGUGUUGGACCGAAUUUCUGGAAAUUUUGGUUGAAUGGAUCGUGCCCAAAAAGUUAGAAAAACAAAAGUGGAAACCAAAAAAAUUGCCUUAUUAUAAAUAAAAAGAACAGUGGUUCCAGACNUGCUAUUUUUAUCGUCAAGUGUAAUGAUUCUGUUAGCUUUUCUUUCUUAUUUCCUUGUUUUUUUCUUCGUUAAGGACCAAAUAGCCUCUUUUCAAUUAAAGCAAAUCAUUGUGUUUUUGAACUAAGUGUUCCGUGCGUGUGUUUAUUUCAUUGCGUGAUUGCGACCGAGUUUGAUUCAGAUUAUAGAAUUCAGUACAACCGGUUCAGAGUUGUACUGCAUGCAGUUGAUAGUUUGAACGUUAAACAUGAAUUACGAUCGAAAAAAAUAAAGCAAUUCUGUAUCAUGCAGACAUUUCCAAACGAUAUUUCUCGGUUUGCCACUUGAAAAUCGUGUUUUAUUUUUUGCAUGAAUUAAAGCAAAGGUCAAGGAGUAGUGACGUCACUGGACGGCAUUAACAGCCGGUCGAUUCAGACGUUACUGAGGGAGUAAUAACGACUCGAAGUAAUCGGAUGAAAUUCAGGCUAGCAAGCAGGCUCACUCUUGCAAGUUCAGCCCAUUCUCCUUGUAGAAUGGUGGCUCCACAGCCAAAAAUUUUUCCUAACUUGCACAAGUGAGACUGCUUGCAGGCUUGAAUCCAAAAACACUCAAUACAAGAGUCACCAAGUGCAUGGAAAAAAAUUGUGAGGGACUAAAAAAGUCUAGAGCAGUGGGAAAUAUACCUACUACUGAGCUUGAUCCUCUUUUUCCAAAUUUUUAAUUUUUCAUUGCCACUUGUCCGUUACAAUAAACUUCUUAUUAGGCAACCCAUGAACCAAUUUAGCUGAAAUUUGGCCAACUUACUGUCAAAUAGUUUUUCUAAAAAACUGUUCUGUGAAUUUUCAUUUCUGUUUUCGUUUUCGAGUUAGAGCAUUUUCUCACAGGUAGUGCUAAUGAUUUGCUAUCUCUAACUUCAACUGCCUAUAACAAAAGAACAAACGCCCUUGACAAAAAUCUGAGGCAGUUUUUUAGUCAAACUUGUUAAGAAGCGAAUGCAACCUUAAUUGGCUUCUUCUGUUCAUUUUUGGUGGGCCUGGACUUAAAUGUACAGUGAUACUCACUUUCACAAAAAGCUUCUCAUUUCUGAAUUGCAUUAAUAUUUUGAUUUUUUGAAAGGAAUGAGCAAUAAUCUGGAACUAUUGAGCUUUCAGAAAAUUUAUGGUUCAUGGGGGUAUUUAUUAAAAGGAAAAGCGCUAGUGCUGAUCAACGUGAGAAGGGUGCUUGAGGGUGGAUGAUACCUUAACCAAACUAGGUUGGUCUGUUUGUGAGAAUCUUGACCUCUGUCGCUGGUUUAGACCUCACUGCAUCCAGUGUGUACUGGGGGCCUCAGUCAAGAUUCUCCCUUAACUUAGCUUGGUAGUCGAAUGCUGUAGGUUAUUUGAGGCUUUCUCUCCCUCACAUUUUCCUAAAAAAUAGACAGCUCAGACCUCAAAUUGGCUGGUUUUUUAGCCAGUUGCCAGCACUAAAAAUUAUAAGAACCCUGAAUUGUUGAAUAAUUAUUAUAAUUAUUAUAAUGUUAUUAUAAUUUUAGCAUUUUUCAUGACCAAAAUGGAAAUUAAUCUCUUUUACUGCUCUUUGAAAAGAUGAUUAGUUUAUUCAAACACCUUCAGGUUUUCAACUCAGAUAUCACUGAUUGGAGGUACCAUUGUAAGAACCAAUUCAAAAUCCUUUUAACUUUUGUUUGAUUUUAGUUCCUGUGUUGCAGAUUAAUCCCUAUGAUAUGGUGAAUUCCCCUUGACAUAUACCGCUAGUGAUAUGACUAUGCUUUCCUUCACAUACAUGUAUGGCAGCCAGUGUUUGUUGUUCCCAUCCCCACUACCCCUUGAAAUUCUUCUAGUUAUUAUUUAAGUUUCUUUUUUGCCAGAUUUGACCUAAGCCACUACCAAAAAGAUUUGAGCAUCAACCAUUCAAGACACCAUAAUUUCUCAAUCUUUCACUGUUAAUAUUUGAGUGCUUUUAAAUGCUUUGAUGUGAUAUCAUUGCUUUAAUUGAUUAAUUUCAAUUUCUUUUUCUUUUUUCUUACUUAAUAUUAAGACAUGAAAUGCCUAGAUUAAAGUUAAGGCAAGGUGUGGGCUCAUUUACAUCUAUUUUGUAACAAUUUGUUUUCAUUUGACAAUUAUUAUGUAGUUUAUUAUGCAGAUCAUUGAUCUUGAGUGGAGAAAAGUCUUUGAGUGGAAAUCAAAGGUAACAAAGUAAUAAAAUAUUACAAAUAACUUUUUAAUUUGUAGGUAAGCUCUAUGCAGUUGGUGGUCUUGUUUGUGGUGUUGGAGUUCACAGUGGAGCACCCUUUAGGUAUUGUGAUAAUGGCUGUGAAAGCUUUGACCCUGAGACUGGUCAUUGGAGCAGAGUACUUCCUAUGAAUCAGUGCCGCAGUAACCACUCAGUGCAACCCUUAGGUAAGAAAGUCAUCUUAAAUGAAUUUUCAGUUGUUGAUAAUACAAAAAGUUUGCUCUUUAGAGCAAAAGUAGAAUGUUUUUCACAAGGUUUUUUCAAGGGAUGGAAUUUGCCCAGUGACAUCAAUCAGCAAAUUUCCUAGUACAGGGUAGGGUGUUUGAGACCACAGACUCUGUUGUGAGCUUAUGGAUGAUAACAAUGUAGAUAUAAAAAUGCACAAAGGGUUGUAAUGAAAAAUAUUUAAAAAUUAAUAAAAUGCAUGGUGAAAAAAAGAAAUUUUUAUAAUGUGGGCAAUUCAUUUUUCUGGCAAACUUUUUUUUUUAUUGCAAAUGUUUAUAGUUUUAUGUGCUUUCACUUUGUUACGCUUAUUACAUCAUCAUUUGAAAUUUCUCUCCAGGCUAUAAAAUAAUUUGUCAAAUCAACUUUAUUUAUACCCACAGUUAAUCCUUCAGGAAUUACAAAAUACUAUAUAUAGAUAUAAUAAUCUGAUGAUCGCUUAGUGCGUGAAAGUCUGUGUUACAACUCUAUUAACUUCCAUCUUUUACAUUUUUAUUAUUUUGUAUUUUUAAACAAAUUAAUUCCUAGGUUAUAACAAAAAUAAGUUAUUAUGGUGGAACCCCUCCUUGCAGCCACCUUGGUAAUCAUCUCAUUAUUACUGCCACUGUUUUUUUUGCCUGGGAAAACGGCAACAUUUCCUCAUAAAAAACUCGCGUGGUCACCAGUUAAAUAUGGCCAACAGUCACAAUUUAAAACCCCAAACAAUAGAAUCUCUUAGAAUUUCGCACCGUGAAUACGGCCAUUUGUUCGAAAUUUAGAAAAUUAAAGUGCCUUUGACAUGUCAGUUUUAUUGACCUAGUAAUCUGAACUUGUUCUUGUACUGUUUUUGGACUACAGUACCCUUCAAAUGCACUUGUGGCGAUUUUAUAGGCGAAGCUUAAAAGUGUUUUAUCUACUGACGGAAAAUUUUAAGUAGUUUUUUCAAUUAUUAUUACUUUAUGCGAUAUCUACAUUUCAGUUGUCUAUUAAUGAGAACAGUAAUGUUCAAGAAAUAUGAAUUCUGGCAAUUUAUGUUGUAUUUUUUAUUAUGGCCCUCAUGUCAUGAAAUUUGAGCCUGCCCAGGUUAUACGGCUACCCUAUUAAUACUGCCAUUUUUUUUUACCCAUUCUUGACUGUAUUAACGUGGUUCCACUGUUUUGUAUAAUACUUCAGUCUGUGAAUUUUUUUUAUACCAUUUUCUCUCUGAAGGUGGAUUUUUGUAUUCUCUGGGUGGUUAUGAUGGUAAUACGUACCUUAACACAAUGGAAUGCUACAACAGUUGCACUAAACAGUGGAGUCAUGUUGCACCUAUGCAUUACAGUCGAAGCUGUUUUGCUGCAGCUGUAUGUGAUGGCUAUCUCUAUGCUCUUGGAGGCUAUGGGCCAUCUUAUCUUAGAACUGUUGAACGAUAUGAUCCCAGCUCAAAUUCCUGGGAAAUGAUGCCUGCUAUGAGCACAUACAGGAUCAAUUUUGGCGUUGGGGUCUUGAAUGGUUGUCUUUAUGUAGUUGGUGAGAAUACUUUUUAUUAUUUCUUAGCAUUUCUCCUCUCCUCCUAAUUGGUUUGUAGUAGCUGGGAAAGGGUCGUAAACAGGAAGAUUAAAAAGGGCAUCCAUGCCAACUCUCAAACGAACAGUCCUAAAACUAAAAUGUAAAAGAACAUUUGGCAGGGUAUUAAAACAGGGUUUAUAUGGUGAACAUUAAACAAAAGUACAUGUUACGGUCAAACUCAGAAAACCAUGAACGGCUGAAACAUUUUAGGAAGGUUUAUUGUGUAGUGACCAGUCACAAUAAAGUUCAGGACACGCCAGCAAACCACAAAACCACAAAUUAAUUACUGUUGCUGUUUGCGGUUUAGUUUUCUCCCGCUUGAUUGGCUUCCUUCUCGCAAAACAAUAACAUACCAUAAAUAUUUCUGGUGUUCAUGGUUUUGUGAGUUUCACAGUAAGUCAUUUUCAGUGUUGUCAUCCCUGAUAUCCUGAUAUUGUUUACCGUUGAAUGUAUCAAAAAGUUAUGCAGCCCAAGCUACAUAAAAUCAAUACACUACUUUUUCGGGGGUCACUGAAUUUUUCUAACCACAUUCUUGUGCUUUUUUCAAGUUCCAACCUUUUUUUUCUCCUCUUGCCCACCAACCAAUGUUUUGGUAGACCGGACUAAUAAGCUCUUCAUCUUUCUGGUUAUUUUCCUUAGGUGGUCACAAUGGAGUUUCUCAUUUACGAAGUGUGGAGCGGUUUGACCCUGUAUCCAGUGAAUGGACCAUGGUCACACCCAUGAGUCGGCCUAGGACAGGACUAAGUGUGGCUGUGUUGAACGGCUUUCUAUAUUCAGUUGGUGGACAUGAUGGUUCAGGUUAUCUUAGCCUGGUGCAGCGUUAUGAUCCGCAUACAAACUCUUGGCAUAGUGUAAAGAGCAUGUUAUCUAGUCGGUGUAGCUUUGGUAUUGCAGCACUGUAA